AUGGCCAAUCCCUCAAUCGUCAUUGUACCCGGCGCAUGGCACCGACCUGCGCACUACCAGCACCUCAUCGAGGAGCUCGCAAAGGUCAACUACGAUGCAGAGGCCGUGACUUUGCCUUCGGUGGACUCCAAUCCCCCACUGGCCACCUGGAAUGAAGACGCGCAAGCUGUCCGACAAGUUAUUAUGAGCAAACUGGAUGCUGGAAAGGAUGUCAUCGUGCUCGCACAUUCAUUUGGCGGCGUCGCCAUGUCCGAGGCAGCAAAGGGUCUAGGAAAGAAGGACAGAGUCGCACAGGGUUUGAAAAGCGGGAUUAUCAAGCUGAUCUACAUGUGUGCAAUGGCGUUGCCGAAAGGCCAAACCCAUGUCGGCCAGUUGGUCCCGCAGACGCCCGAGGAAGAAGAGAUGGAGCGUCAGAGCAAGGAGAUGGAGAAAAAGCUCGGUGGACUAGAUGUGUCACCGGAUGGAGCAAUCAGCCUCCCGAAGGACCGUAUCCACCUCGUGUUUUAUAACCGUUGCGAGCAGAAGGAUAUCGAUAGGGCUGUGGAGUUGCUCGGCACAUUCCCCACGGGCCCGUUGACUGUUCCUGCCACAUACACCGCGUAUCGUGAGAUCCCGAGCACGUACAUUGUCUGCAAAAAUGACCAGGCAUUGCGGGAACCGUUCCAGCGGAGGAUGAUUGCACAAGGCGAAGGCUGUUUUGACGUGGAGGAAUGUGACGAGGGCCAUUCCCCAUUUAUGAGUAACCCGGGCUUCAUCAUCGAUUACCUCAAUUCUCCCAAGGCGUCAACAUCUCCCGUGAAUCCCCCGCGGCGCCAAAACACAAGUUGUGAUUCAUGCCGGCGUUCCAAGCGGCGAUGUGUUGUGCAGUCGGAUCCAGACGGCAUUCCCAAUGCGAUAUGCACGAAUUGCCAGCGUUUGAGACGCCAAUGUACGUUUGAAUUUGCUAUAGCCCAUUCCAGUAUUCCUUUCUCGCGAAAACGACAGAAGCGCAACUGCGAGGAAACCAGUGGGCCAACAACGCAAAAUGAAUCGAACGACUUCGAUACAACAAUCGAGGAAAUCACUGGAAGCUCGAUCAAUCGAUUCGAUGCUGCAUCUAUUGCUGACCAAGAUGUUAUGGCGGCUUGGCUGAAUCUUGAUUAUGAUGAGAUUGUCGCGGAUACCGCCAACUCCUUUUCAACCAACCUCGAACCUUCUAAUUCAUUCGAUGCGCUUCGUUCUGGGUACAUAGUGCCAGCAGAGUGCGAGUGCGAGGGUCAGCUUACGGCUACCACAUCCCAACUGACUCGCUUACAUCGAGGACAAAAUCUCGAAUCAGAUAAUCACCGGCCAACAAUUGGGCUUUCACUCAACAGUCCCAUCUACCUGCUGAAUUCUGGAAUAGACGCGAAGAUCUUUGGUGAUCGUCUCGCCCGGAUCUAUGAAGCAAUCGCAACAGCCAGUGCAUCCAGAUUUUUGGACUACGACUGCAAUCUCUAUGCGACUGGCAGUCGCUACCGGUUGGGGGACAAUGACUCAGGGAGCUCAAAUGGAUCCGAAACUGCCAGGCCAACCGUUGAUGUAACCGCUAUCUCACCACGGCUUGAUCUUUCAGUAUCAUCGCAAGCAAUGUCUCAUGAAAUUUCCUUGAUAGGAAGUGUUCGGUUCCUUGAUCAUUUGGGCGGUCUUUAUGGCAAUCGACUGGACUCGGCUGCUCGGAAGAAAUCAGAUGACGCCUUCAAGGCUGUCCUUCGCGCAUUCUCGAUGCAAUGGUUACCGAGCUCAUCUUCGUUUGAAGCGGGCUCUCCUUAUGAUCACUUUGCUCGGAAUUCAGAGGCGGGAGAUGACUCUGCCUUGAACGCCUUCACUGAUGCUUGGGUGCGGGCAAGAUCACUCCUCAACGAUGCGCACGACGUUCGGUCAUUUCGAGUUGUAUUGGCAACACUCAUGUUCGUUGGGAUCGUUAUACCAACUAAAAUAACUGAUAGAGAGGAUCUCGUACCGAACGACUUCCUUGACACAGCUCUGCAAAAGUUAUCCUAUUUAGAUGGACUUGUUACGCAAUACUGUGCGAACCUAGGGCCGUCAUCUACAUAUGGAGCUCUUGCUGAAGCAAGCUUAAGCAUUGUCCGAUGGACCGCGUAUAUCCGCGACACAGGCGCAGCGUUGGCGAUGGAUCGGCAAUGCAAACUUCCAGAUCUGUGGGGUUCUACAAAAGUCCUCUCAAAUAAAGAGGCCGUGGCAGCAUUGGCAGUCUCUCAAAAUAUCUUAGAAUUGGAUAUCAAUGUCCAACCCAUUUGCCGGAAAGCAAGUGCGGAAAUAUUUUGUGUCUGGAGGCAGAUCAUAAGCAUCAAAACCGUUGCUAACCAGUGGCAUGUUACUGUCAAUGAACGUGCAUCAGGAAGUUCGAUUGUCUGUCCACGUCUCCCAGGAUAUCUCUUGGUAAGCUAUACUCCUACCAUCCCUGACUCGUCGUUCUCUCGUAAUGCUAUCAUCGGCAUCCCACUGACAGUUUAUGCCCUAGUUUCCCUAGUGAUGUUCUGGAACCUUGGCAUUUUCCUGUUUGCCGAAGUAUUCAAAAACGUGGUCAAAGACCUUGAUCGCUCCAUCCAACAAGAAUCAGGCCCAACCGUCCGGGAAUACCAGCGCGAGGCAGCCUCGUGUGUGGCACAGGCAGUUGAAUGCGUACUCAACUUGCCUGCCGAGGAAGCUUUCAACCUCCAGAAUGGACUCGGCGCCGAAGUCCCAAUCAUCGCUUAUCAUGUCACACCGAGUUUGGCUGUCACGGCUCUUCAACGGGCCAUUGAGAGUGUGAUAGACCUCCAACUUCACCCUCGUUCUGACGCUGAUUUAUCAGACGACGCGCAGUUUUUGAUACCGGAUGGGAUCUGGGACCGACAAAUUGACAUUCUCAUGAAAGGACUCAUGUCGCUUGAUGUUACUAUUGGCGGAUCACAGACUAGUGGUUUGGCUGUUAGAGGGUUAAUGCACAAACACGGGGACAUAAUAUCCGAGUGCUGGACUUCGGGGUUUGACUCAUGA